AUGAAGUAUCUUGAGUCAUGUGUGAAGACAAGGUACAUUCUCAGAGGUCAAUUGGCAAAAAUUGCACCGUUGGCAAAUGUCAAUAUCCGAGUCAACAUACCUACAGCUAAAGGUUCUUCACAUGACGACUAUGUUGUUGAGUUCAAUUUACCAUGGUUGAAGAUUGCAAUUGUCCACAACCACUUCAUGUUGAACGAAAGUCUUACAAACCCAUUGUUCGGAAAAGGCAAGUGCAACAUUGUCAGAGCUGUAAACAUUCUUUUCGAGAAAGGUUUGUUGGAACCAAUUCCAGAUGACAAGCUUACAGAAAGUUUUGUACCAAAAGACGAAACAAACUUUUCAUUGUUAGCAAGACCAAAAGUUGUUCCAGACAAAGUUCUAGUACAAAAGAAGUACACAAUUCCAAAAGGAGUUGGAUUGUUCGGAUACCAACCUGAACCAGAAGAACUUCCAAUGAGGUUGCAAGAACUUCAAGAUGCUAUAAACAAACUUCCAUUGAGACAUCCAAUUGACGUCAAAUUGUAUUGGAGAGCAUCUGAGUUAGGUCAGAAGGUUUUAUAUGAAACAGGUUGCUUCGACGAUGUUUAUGAGAUAACAGGAGAAGUUUCUCAGAAGAUAAGAGACUCACUUGAAUUUCCACAAACUGGACCAAUUGGUUGCGACAAGUUCGAUUCAAACGAAAAGAUAUACUAUGUCGACCUUAACGCUGCAUACAUGAGGUUUGUCCAAUAUAUUCCGACUGGAAUUCCAAACGAAGAUGGUGAGUUCCCGGGAAGGAACUAUACAGUUGGAAAAGUCAUACAACAACUGUAUGAUAUUAGGAAAGCUUCAAACCCCAAACUUGCAAUGACACUCAAAUUGCUUAUGAAUUCGACAUGGGGAUAUUCCAUUAAGAAACCUCAAGAGAUGAAGAGUAAACAUUAUGAGAAGGUCGACAACUUUGUUGAAAGGUUUUCUCCUUUUGUUUUGAAGUACGAAUUCACUCAAGGUCAAAGUGGCUUAGUAACCACAUUAAAACCUAUUGUCGAACAUUGGUCUUACCCUCA